ACCGUUUUCCACCAUCAUCCAUCACUACACCUCUCAGUAUCCAUUAAUGGCGUCAUAUCUGAAACUCAAGCUAGUUCUCCUAGCAAAUCUCCUCUCAACCGUCUACUUUCCGGCAGCCACCGCCACCGGCGGAAUCUCAUCUCCACCGACUCCGGCCACUACAUCCCCUCAUGACGUUCACAACUCCUUCGCACCGACAUCAAUCUUCGAGAACAUUCUCGCAAACCUAGGGUUUCAAGAACUCUCCAUCGCCGUUCCGUCACUCUCCGACGACUCAUCCUUCACUACUUGGAACGGUCCGACUACUCUCUUCGCUCCAACCGACGCUUCCAUCCGAUCAUGCUCUUCAUGCUCCGCCGCUCGUCUCCUCCGCGAACACUUCGUCCCAGGCCUGUUCGCUUACGAUUACCUCCGUAAACUCGCGUUCGGUACGAAGAUCGAAACUAUGGAUCCAGGCCGGUGCAUCACGGUGACGUCAUCGAACGACGGUAACAACAACACCAAGAUAUUCAUCGGUGGCGUGGAGAUCACGCGUCCAGAUCUGUUCAACAACGGCAUCAUCGUUGUUCACGGACUUCAAGGCUACGUCGCUCCGUUAUCUCCGUUCUCGUGUAACAUUGAGCGGAUGACGUCACUAUCAUUUCCUCCUCAGAUCACAGAUCGUAACCGUCAAAGCGUUGCGGAACAAUCGGUACAGUAUCCGGCGUAUAUCAUGAGGCUUAUGCUCAGAGACGCUGUGUUACGUCUCCGUAACAGCGGAUUCAGCAUCCUUGCGUUAGCGAUGAAGAUGAAGGCGUCGGAGCUGAUGAAUCUACAGAACUUUACAGUUUUCGCACUCGAUGACGUGUCAAUCUUCUCCGGUUCGCAUGCUUACGUCAACAAUGUCAGAUUUCACAUAAUUCCGAACAAAUUACUCGCGAUUUCUGAUCUAGAGAAGAUCUCGUCUGGUACGCUUUUACCGACGCUUGAAUCAGGUCAGUCGCUGAUGGUGACGACGGCUGCCGGAACGUUUACGCCGAUGAGGAUUAAUUACGUCAGAAUUAAGGUUCCUGACGUCAUGCGUAACUUGAAGAUUGUGGUUCAUAGCAUCUAUUUGCCGUUUCCGCAUCUUCAUCCGUCGGCUUUGUUUGACGAGAGUGGUGGCGGUUUGGAGGAUGUUGUUAAUGUGACGGUGGCGUCGGGGGUUUGUACGGAUGGAGGAAGUGGUGGUUGUGUGGUUAAGCCGACGGUGGUGAGGACGGAGCAUCAAGGUCUGUAGUAACUGGUACUUGUUUGUUGGUUUCGGUUAGUCAAUGUUGGUCAACUGUGAAUAUAGCUUUGUGAUCCAUAUGGUAGUUGUACAUUUUGUUAUGUUCAUUGUGUUUUGACUCAUGUCAUGGUUGUACUGUUAGUUACUGAAACAUUAUGUCAGUUUAAAUGAGAGUUUGUACUUCUUUGAA